UUAGAUAAACUGUCAAUAAUUGAAACGUAACCUCAAAAUUCAAAAAGGUUAUAAAUAAAAUGAAUAAUCGUGUAAAUAUUUUACCUCUAAUUUAUAAAUGUAAUCAAAGAUUCUUCAGUAGAAGUAGAAGAAAAUAUCCUAUCUAUAUAGAAGAGGAACAGAAACUACCAGUGUUUGAACAUAGAGUAAGCAAAGAAAAUUAUAGAAGAGUAUUUUCGUGGGGAAAUAUUUACACAGGUGCCUUAGGAAAAACUUUUAAGUCAAAUGAAAAAUUAGAUCAGCAGUUUUGUCUUAGAUAUCCCAAAAGAAUAAAAUUUGGAGAAACGCAAGAAGUAACUGCCGCUGCUUGUGGUUUUGGAUUUACAGUUUUUGCUGUAAGAAGCACUAGUAAUGAAAAAAUUUGGGGCACGGGUAUAAAUACAGAUUCUCAAAUUGGUUACCAUGAGGUACGAACUGGUCAUCCUUUAGAAAUUCUUUUUUAUCCAAAACCAAUUGCAUUACCACUGAAAUAUCCUGAACAUUCGAAAAUUAUAAAACUGUCUGCAGGUAGAGCACAUCUGUUAGUACUCACAGAUGAAGGAUUGUUUACUUUAGGUAAUAAUGCAUAUGGACAAUGUGGAAGAAAGAUAAUCCCAGAUGAAAAUUAUCUCAGGAGUAAUUAUAUAAACCAUAUUGAAAAAAUUGAUGAAAAAAAGAUUAUAGAUGUAGAGUGUGGACAAGAUCACAGUUUAGCAUUGGUGGAAGAUGGGUGUGUGUAUUCCUGUGGAUGGGGUGCCGACGGACAGACAGGUCUAAGUACUUUUGACAACUGUAGUGAGUUUACAAGAGUGAAAGGUGAUAUUCACAUGGAAAAAAUAUGUAAACUAUCAUGUAGAUCGGACUUUGUUAUGGCUCUAAAUGAUAAGGGUCAGGUGUUUGGUUGGGGUAAUACAGAGUAUAACCAACUCCCUUCUUAUCAUCAACAAGUCUCUAAUCCUACACACAUAGAAAUGUUGGAUAAACUUGGUAAGAUUAAAAGUAUAGCCAGUGCUGGAUCAUUUUGUCUAGUUGCAACAGAUUCAGGACAAGUGUAUUCUUGGGGAUAUGGACUUUUAGGGUGUGGCCCUAAUGCUCAGCAAGCUAAUGAACCUCUGCACAUUCCUGAAGUUUUGUUUGGAAAAAAUGACUUUCACCCCGAAAAUGAAGUUGUAGAGGUAACUUGUGGACUGUAUUAUUCAGCUGCAGUGACAAAUUUGGGUAAUUUGUACGUAUGGGGUAGAAAUAAAUAUGGAUGUUUGGGAUUAGGACAUGAGAAAGAUCAAUAUUUUCCUAUUAUGGUAGCAAUUGGAGGAUAUGUUGAGAAGAUAUCCUGUGGAGUUGAUCAUUCUAUCGCCAUUUGUAAACCAUUUAUUUAGUGUACCUAUAGUGACACAAUAUCUACACAAUAAUUUCUAAUACCACAUAAUAACACUUUUUGAUAGUUUAAAACUAUAAUUUGAGGUAGUAUGUAUCCAUUUACGUAUAAGAUGAUUUGUUUUCAUUUACCUGAUCAUAGUGAGAAUAAUUUUUGUUGUAACUUUAAACCAGAUUAGAUGAAUCAAAUUUUGUUAUGAGGGAAUUUAAUAGUAUGAUUUCAUGAUGUUUGAAAUGUCACAAGGCUGAGGAUCUCAUAAUCACUUGAUUUGUUAUGGAUCACUAGAAGCAGUUCUAAACUAAGAUUUUUUUUAGUAUUCUGUAAUUACUUUUUGGUACCCCUAGGAAUAAACAAGUUUUUUGAUAUUAAACAAAACAUACUUAUUAAAAAUAUUUAAAUAAAGUAACUUUUUAAAGUUUAAUAAUUGUGCUUGUCACUUUACGAAUUCAUGCUAGAUGCAAUUAUUAUUUUAUGAACAAUUAAUAUAUUGGCAAUUUACACUAAUUUGGUAAGAACAGAUAUUCAUUAGAAUGUUUGAAAUUUGUAUACUUAAAGCUGGAAUAGAUAUCAUAAAAUAACUGAACCCUUUGAAAACAUAGAUAGAAGUAACAAAACCAUCUAAUUUUAGUAGAUGUAUUUAAUGAUUUACUAAAAAAAUUACUCACAGGUUGAAAAACAGGGCCUCAAUUUUUUUGGUUUUACUUAUAACAAAUACAUAUUUUCAACAUUGUAAAUAUUUUUUUUUUUAUUUUGAAAAAUUAUUGUAUAAAUAGCCCUAAUUUAUUGACUUAAGAGCAAGGUCUUAAUAAAUAUUUCAUUUACAGUGCCGGAUUUAAGGUAUUUGUGUCCCUAGGCCAAAUUAACUGAAGCAACUUCGGUUCUGGUCGCUCCUUAGGUGUUUAAUUGAAAUGCAUUUUAUUUCAAUCUCACAUUAAAACAAGUGAGUGAUUAAUUUCACGAUUAUGGAGUUAAAGGGUAAAGCACAAAUCAUAUUGAUAUAACGUUUAUUUUAAUUUUACUUUUUAAAAAACGCUGUGGCCCCCUUUUGCUUGAGACUUCCUGGUAAAUCCGGAACUGUUCAUUUAGUCAAAUUAUUACCGUGUAAUUGUGAUUAAUACUCUAAUCUAUGUGUAAAUUUGCAAACUUGUAUAUUAAAGUAUUUUUGAAAUUUUAAGAAUUUCAGUGAAUAAGUAGUCAUUACACUAAUUGCAACUUAAGUGAAAGUGAUUAAUAAAGAAUGUAGUAUUUUGUAUAUGUACGAAAUGUAAUUCUAUUGCUGCAUGAUAAAAAUAAACAGGGUAAACAAGUUCGUAGUUUGACUAGAGUGAAUGGUCAAAAAUGAAAAUUAGUAAACGGAUAUAAAUUUCAUGCAGCAUUCAACAAGACCAGGGCCAAUAUUGAGACAGUUGCCAAUAUACAUGAAACCAAAAUUUCUUUAACUUUUUUCUUCUUAAAUCUUUUUAUGUUUUUUGUGAUAUUUGUUUUGAUUCUAGGUCUCUUUUCAAAUUUUACAUGUUAUUUAAAACUGAUUUUCAUUGAAAAGAGACCUAAAUUCAAGACAAAUUACCAAGAUAUGAUAAAGAUAAUGGUUAAGGGAAGCGUAAUGUGUGAAAUUUGAGUAUU